AUGGGGAAUAUAAAACCCUGGCUGUUUGAUAUUCGAUCUUCGGAGAGAUUUCUUGUUUUGACGGUCGCGAUUGCUAUUUUCACGGAUGCUUUUAUUUAUGGACUCAUUGUUCCCAUAAUCCCUGUCGCUCUGGUGGAACGAGUAGGCGCUCGUCCUGAAGAUGCACAAUACCUUGUUUCGUUGCUAUUAGCAGUCUACGGUGGCACGCUUCUCGCUGGAUCUCCAUUAUUUGGAUACUUCGCCGAUAAUUGUUCAUCGAGAAAACUUCCCUUCGUCCUCGGGCUUGUCACCCUCGGAGCAUCCACGAUUCUCUUCGUGGUUGCGCGCACAUUCCCCAUUCUGGUUCUCGCGCGCGGGUUACAGGGAUUCUCCGCUGCGGCGGUCUGGGUCGUGGGCCUUGCUAUUAUAUCUGAUAAUGUGCCCUCUGAACGGGUUGGCGCGGCGCUGGGAACGACUACAAUUGGGUUGACGUGGGGAGUCCUUCUAGGCCCUAUGAUUGGGGGGUAUGUUUAUGACAAUAUUGGGUAUUACGGAUGUUUUGCGAUUCCAGGAGCAUUGAUUUUGGUUGAUGUCGUGUUGCGGUUCGCGAUGAUUGAAGUGUCAGUGAUUGAUCGAGAUAGACCAGACUCUGGAAUGGAGUCUGAUUGUGAUUCUGAGGCGGAGGGCAAUACUUAUGAUACUUUCAAUGCGAACGAUCUUCAGAGUUCGAUUCGGGCUUCUCGUUGCGAGCUGGAUGGGGAGGAGGCUCCAUUAUUACCACGGCAGUCUAUUGAACACCAGAAAAGUAACGAACAGAACGCUACUAUUCUACGCCUCUUGCUCACGCCACGAUUACCACUUGCUCUGGUGGCGACGACUUCUAUGGCAAUCACAAUGUCUGCCUUGGAGACUUCUUUACCGUUAUUCACCAUGGAAACUUUCACCUGGACAGCCCAGGGAGCCGGACUCAUAUUCAUCACGCUAGCUGUGCCAAGUUUUGCCGCUGUGCAGGUUGGUCGACUCUGCGAUUCAGUGGGAGUCCGGACGCUAGGAACUAUCAGUUUCGUAGUUUCCUGUUGUGCCUGGAUUUUACUGCGACUCGUCACCCAUAACUCACCAGGAUCCAAAGUAUUGCUAGUUAUUUUGUUGCUGUUUCUUGGUCUAACCAUCGUCAUUAUCGAGAUCGUUGCAAUGAUGGAGGUAUCGCAGGUAAUCGGAGACUACGAAGCCGAGUUCCCUGGGGUGUUUGGAGAUAAGAGCCCGGUUGCACAGGCUUAUGCAUUGUUCAAUAUGUCGUUUGCGGGAGGCCAGCUUCUGGGUCCGCUGAUCGCUGGUCCGAUCCGUGUUAAUGCGGGAUGGGGUACCAUGACACUUGUUCUUGGGCUCUUGUCUGGUGUGACUGCUAUUCCCUUCGGCUUUUUCAGCGGUUCUCCACGCAAGGCACAGAGCGAGUCGGAUGGCGCUGUUUGA